AUGAAUGAUUGUUAUUAUGAAUUAGAAUCAUUAAUUAACGAUUUACCAUAACAAACGAUUGCAUCAAAAAUAUAACAACUUUUUUAUAGGAUUAUAAAUUAAGAAAAACUAAAUAGUCCUAUAUUAGAGGUUGAGAAAUAUUUCCGCAAAUUGAUUAAAAAAAUAGAGUAGUUUUAUUGUAGAAGAUUACAAAAAUUAGAAUAUUUUAUUUCAAAAAAAGCAGAUACUUAAUUAAUCUUAUUAAGAAUAAGUAAAUAUUUAGAGAAGAAACCUUGGAGAUUAGAAACAAUGGAUUAUACAUCUAAACCAAUUAAAUAAAAUAAAAUAGAUGAUAAAAAUUGCAAUUAAUUCAUUAAUUUUGAUAAUAAUUAAGAAGAGUAUUAUUCAAGUAAAACAUCUACUCCUUUUAGUCAUUAUACAUGCAUUCCAUCUAUUCCUAGAGAUACAUCUUUAAAUGAAGCAGUAUUUUUAGAUUGUGAAAAUUCAUUAAAAUCAUCAUCAUCAUUUCAUUUUGAUAAAUAAGAACCUAUAUUAGAUAUUUCUUAAAUUUAAUAUAAACUAUAAUAGUUGAUAGAUAAUUCACCAAAAAAAAAGUUAAAUUCAAAGAAGAAAUAAUAAUUAGCAGAUUUAAUAGAUUAUGAAUUAGAAGAAUUUUCAGCAUAAUCACCACCAUGUUAAAAUAUUUUAGAUUGUAAUAUUAGUGAUAUUAAAUCUGGUUUCAAUUCUAGACUUAUAUCUUCAAGAUCACUUCAAAAAGAAUCUGUUCAUUAAGAAUAAAUACCUAUAAGUUCUAAAUAAAUUCCAUAAACAAGAGAAUUUGAAAGUUUAUUUUAAACACAAUAAUCUACUAAAGAAAUUCUAAAAUAUGUUGAAUAAUAUCAUCAAUUAUAAUAAUAAUAAUAAUAAUAAUAAUCAUAAGUUUGUUAUUCAAAAUAAUAACAUUUUAAAGCAAGACCUAGUCUUGAAGUUACUAAUAAUAAUAACACAAUUUAAUGUUUUCAAGAUAAAUGUUAAAGUCCUUCUACUAAUAAAAGAUAUAGAGUAAGAUCUUCUUAUUAAAAAGAAUUACCUUCAUAAAAUAAAUUAAAAGUUAAUACUUCUCAUGAGAAUUUUGAAAUUAGAACUUCCAAAUCUAUAUAAUCUAAAAAGAAACAUUUUUAAUUACCUUCACCAUUAAAUGAAUCAAUGAAUCAAUAAAAAUAAAAAUAAUAAUAAUCAAAUCAACUUUUACAAUAAUAAUAAUUAUCAUUAUAAUAAAAGAAAACUAUGUAGAGAUAACAACCUUAAACAUUAUCAUCUGCCUUAUCUCAUUUGUAUAAAAGAUUUUCCUAAUAAAAAUAAAGUUCCUCUGUAGUUACAAAGCGAUCUACAAAAUAAACAAUUAGUUAUUCUCUAGAAAAAGAUCAUCAAAAAAAAACAUACAAAAUAGUUGAUUAUUUAAUAAAUUAUUGA